AAAAAAAAAAAAAAAAAAUGGCGACUCAGGCGACCCACGAGCCCUUCCAUGGCUGCUUCUUCCUCUCCCAACACAGAGGCACGAAUUGAGCGAAAUUUGAAUUCUAAAACCAAUUUCUACACUCACAUUUAUGAUUUUCCCCUUCUUGGUGGAUCCUACGAGAUUUUGACUCGCUCUUCAGGCAGAUCUGAUCGCUUAUUUUGUUCCGUGGCGUUUGAUUUUAUUUUUUGUUUGAUCGGAGAUGGAGGCAUUGACGGAGCUUUGUGACAUUAUAGCGGAGAAUCCGAAGCAAUUCUCGGAGAAGUUAGCUUGGAUAUGCGGUCGUUGUCCACAAACGGAAUGGCUUCUCGCUGAAUCGCCCAGGGUUUCUCGGAGUCAUCUCAACGCGGUUUUGGCCGUUGCUCGGAUCAUCUCCAAGAAUCCAGAAUCAAUCGAUAACCGUGCCAAAUCCGUCGUGAAUGAGUUUCUCAGCGCUAUACCUGCAUCGUUCCGCCGUUCGUUCUGGCCGCAUUCGUUUCCUUCGCAGUCGAUCUCUGCGUUCUAUUGUGAUUUCUUGAGUUAUCUUUCGUGUGCGGCGGAUCUAUCGCCGGAAUUCGGUACCGAGGUUGCUAGGUUUACAGGUGAGGUUGUGAUUGCCGCCACGAGUUGUAGUGAGAGCGACGGUGAUCCAUCGAUUUCUAAGGCUUUCUUGGUCGCGCUUUCUCAGAAUUUCCCGUCGAUUCUGCAGUCUGAUGGAGAUAAAUUGAUAACAAUGCUGCUUGAGCAGUUUGUUGUGAACCGUGCUCCUGCGUCUCCCAAUGAACAGCGGCAGCAGAACUCGGCUAACUCUGAAACUUCGUCGUCUCAGAGCUCUCCUACUAGUACGAACCGUUAUCCAUCGGGUAAAACUGAGGAGUCCAUUCCUGGCGACGAGGUUGCUAGCCAUGGUUCCAAUGUAUCUUCUAAGAGUUCAUCGUCUGUAGUGGUGAAUGGAGGUAGUAUUGUGUGGAAGAGUGGUGUUGAUCAGUUGAGUUUUGGAUUUAGCGAGGGGAGUGGUGGCGCUAAUCCUGUUUUUAGACAGCAAGUGGCUUCUUUUGAGGACGAAUCCAUCGAGUGCUUGGAGAAGCAAGAGAUUGCCUUUAGAUUGAUAACCCAUAUCUUGGAGAAAGUCAAAAUUGAUUCUAAACUUCAGGAUCAAGUGAGGUUUAUAGCAAAAAGGCAACUCCAGUCCAUGUCUGCAUUUCUGAAGUCAAGGAAGCGAGACUGGAACGAACAAGGCCCAGUUCUGAAAACUAGAGUCAAUGCCAAACUGUCUGUUUAUCAGGCUGCAGCUAAAAUGAAAAUCAAGAGCUUGGUGUCUCUUGAAACAGAUGGAAAAACUUCUAAAAGGUUGGUCCUGGAGACGCUUGCAUUGCUUUUAGAUGCUGCAGAUGCCUGCUUGACAUCUGUGUGGCGGAAAAUGAAGGCCUGUGAAGAUUUGUUCGACUCUCUGCUUUCUGGGAUUGCGAAGAUUGCAGUGGCAAGAGGAGGGCAGCCACUACGAGUGUUGCUCAUCCGUCUUAAACCACUGGUACUGGCUGUCUGUGCACAGCCGGAUACUUGGGGGAGCAAUCAAGGGGCAAUGCUUGAGAGCAUAUUUAAGACUAGUUGUGAGAUUAUUGAAUCUGGGUGGGCCAAGGACCGAGCUCCAGUGGACACCUUCAUUAAGGGAUUAGCUUCAAGUAUUCGUGAAAGAAAUGAUUAUGAAGAACAGGUUGAUAGAGAGAAGCAAGUACCUGCUGUACAACUUAAUGUGAUUCGGCUGCUUGCUGAUCUCAAUGUCGCUGUUAAGAAGCCGGACGUAGCUGACAUGAUUUUACCACUUUUUAUUGAAAGCCUGGAAGAGGGUGAUGCUUCAACUCCUAGCUUUUUGCGACUCCAACUUCUUGAUGCUGUUUCUCGGAUAGCAACAUUAGGGUUUGAGAAAUCUUACCGCGAGACAGUAGUUCUGAUGACCAGAAGUUAUUUGAGCAAACUAUCGAGUGUAGGAUCUGUAGAAAGCAAAACAUCAGCACCGGAAGCCACAACCGAGCGUGUAGAGACUCUUCCUGCAGGUUUUCUUACAAUUGCCAGUGGUCUUAGGGAUACAAAAUUGCGUUCAGACUAUCGCCAUCGUUUGCUUUCCUUGUGUUCAGAUGUAGGCUUGGCUGCCGAAUCCAAAAGUGGAGGGAGUGGUGUGGAUUUUUUAGGGCCUCUUCUUCCUGCAGUUGCAGAAAUAUGUUCAGAUUUUGAUCCUACUAUGGAUGUGGAACCUUCACUUUUAAAGUUGUUCCGUAAUCUCUGGUUUUAUAUAGCCCUUUUUGGCUUAGCACCUCCAAUUGUGAAAGCUCCAACACCAACUGUGAAGGCAACUUCCAAUUCAGUGAACAGUGUAGGAAGCAUGAGUGCAACUGCUUUGCAAGCUGUGGGAGGUCCUUACAUGUGGGACAAUCAGUGGGCUCUAGCUGUUCAGCAGAUUGCUCAAGGCACUCCCCCUCUUGUCGUCAGUUCUGUAAAAUGGCUUGAAGACGAAUUAGAACUGAAUGCGCUUCACAAUCCUGGUAGCCGUCGAGGAAAUGGAAAUGAGAAAAUAGCUUCAACCCAGAGACUUGCUCUUUCAACUGCCUUAGGCGGCCGAGUUGACGUUGCAGCAAUGAACACCAUCUCAGGAGUGAAGGCUACCUAUUUGCUUGCUGUGGCUUUUUUGGAGAUCAUACGUUUUAUUAGCAAUGGGGGUAUCCUUAAUGGUGACUCAAGCGUGUCUGCCUCUAGAAGUGCCUUCAGUUGUGUGUUCGAAUAUCUAAAAACUCCAAAUCUUACUCCUGCUGUUUCUCAGUGUUUGACGGCUAUUGUGCAUAGAGCCUUUGAAACAGCAGUCUCAUGGCUGGAAGAUCGAAUUUCUCUUACUGGGAAAGAUGCUCGUAAUAGAGAACUGACAACGUAUGCACAUGCAUGUUUCCUGAUUAAAAGUAUGUCCCAGAGAGAUGAGCACGUUAGAGAUAUCUCUGUCAACCUUUUGACUCAGCUCCGGGACAAAUUUCCUCAGAAUGAUCCUGCUUGGACUGCUGCUGUUCGAUCCUUAUACCAGAAAGUUGUUCGAGAAUGGAUCAUAAUAUCGCUUUCAUAUGCUCCAUGCACUAGUCAGGGUUUGCUUCAGGAUAAGCUGUGCAAGGCAAACACAUGGCAGCGAGCACAAACUACAACUGAUGUGGUUUCCCUUCUAUCUGAGAUAAAGAUUGGAACUGGAAAAAAUGAAAUUUGGUCUGGGACAAGAACUGCUAAUAUCCCAGCUGUGAUGGCUGCAGCAGCUGCAGCGUCAGGGGCAAACUUAAAAGUUUCUGAAGCCUUUAACUUGGAGGUACUUGGUACUGGUGUAGUCAGUGCAACGGUAAAGUGCAACCAUGCUGGAGAAAUUGCUGGCAUGCGAAGGUUGUAUAACAGUAUUGGUGGAUUUCAAUCUGCCUCGGCGCCUAGUGGUUUUGGUGGUGGCCUUCAAAGAUUAAUAUCUGGGGCAUUUUCCCAGGCACCACAACCAGAAGAUGAUUCAUUUAAUGAGAUGUUAAUCGCCAGGUUUGUGCGUCUCCUUCAGCAGUUUGUAAAUACUGCUGAAAAAGGUGGAGAGGUGGACAAGUCACAAUUCCGAGAAACUUGUUCUCAAGCAACUGCAUUACUUCUGUCAAACCUGAGUGAAGAGUCGAAAACAAAUGUGGAAGGCUUUUCUCAGUUGCUGCGUCUUCUUUGUUGGUGUCCAGCAUAUAUAUCUACUCCAGAUGCUAUGGAAACUGGAAUUUUUAUAUGGACUUGGUUGGUUUCCGCUGCUCCUCAACUGGUAUCUCUUGUCCUUGCCGAGCUUGUUGAUGCAUGGAUAUGGACAAUUGAUACCAAACGAGGACUCUUUGCGUCUGAUGUACGAUACUCUGGCCCAGCUGCAAAAUUAAGACCCCAUCUUUCCCCAGGGGAACCAGAAGAUCCACCUGAAAGUGAUCCUGUUGACCAGCUUGUCGCUCACAGACUCUGGCUUGGAUUUUUGAUAGAUCGUUUUGAGGUUGUCCGACAUAAUAGUGCCGAGCAACUGUUGUUGCUAGGUCGGUUGUUACAACGGAGUACAGACCUUGACUGGUGCUUUACUCGCCACCCUGCAGCCGCUGGUUCCUUUUUUUCUUUGAUGCUCCUUGGACUGAAAUUCUGUUCAUGCCAGACUCAAGGCAAUAUGCAGAAAUUUAGAUCUGGGCUCCAGCUGUUAGAAGAUCGCAUCUACAGGACCUCUUUAGGCUGGUUUGCUCAUCAGCCAGAGUGGUAUGAUGUAAAUAUUCCAAACUUUUGUCAGAGCGAGGCUUUAUCUGUUUCAGUCUUUGUCCACUUUUUAUCAAACGAGCUAUCAGAAUCAAGUCAAUCUGAUUCCAAAGGAAAAUCUCGUGAAAGUGGGAAUUUGAUUGAUGUGACUGAUCAGUAUCAUCCUGUCUGGGGUGAGAUGGACAACUACACUGUGGGAAAAGAGAAGAGGAAGCAGUUGCUUUUAAUGCUCUGCCAGCAUGAAGCUGACAGGCUUGACGUUUGGGCACAACCUAUUAGCUCAAAGGAUAGUCCAUAUUCGCGGCUGAAAAUAAGCUCUGAGAAAUGGACCGAAUAUGCUAAAACAGCCUUUUCAGUGGAUCCUCGCAUUGCUUUGUCGGUUGCCUCAAGAUUUCCGGCAAAUGCUGCUGUGAAAUCUGAAGUCACUCAGCUGGUUCAGACACAUAUUGUAGAUCUUCGUACAAUUCCUGAGGCGUUGCCGUAUUUUGUUACACCAAAAAAUGUUGAAGAGAACUCAGUACUGUUGCAGCAGCUCCCACACUGGGCUGCUUGUUCAAUUACACAGGCUCUUGAGUUCCUCACUCCUGCUUAUAAGGGACAUCCACGUGUCAUGGCAUAUGUCCUACGAGUUUUAGAGUCUUACCCUCCAGAACGAGUUACCUUUUUCAUGCCGCAGUUGGUGCAGUCUUUGCGCUAUGAUGAUGGGAGGCUGGUUGAAGGGUAUCUUCUUAGAGCUACCCAAAGAAGUGAUAUAUUUGCCCAUAUUCUCAUUUGGCAUUUGCAGGGUGAGGAUGUUCAGGAAACUCCAAAGGAUGGUUCUAUUGAUAAGAAUGCGGCAUUCCAAGAAAUUUUGCCAGAGGUUCGGCAGCAUAUUAUUGAUGGUUUCAGUCCCAGUGCCUUGGACAUGUUCACUAGAGAGUUUGAUUUCUUUGACAAAGUUACUUCUAUUUCUGGGGUGUUAUUUCCUCUUCCAAAGGAAGAACGCAGAGCCGGUAUUAGAAGGGAGUUAGAGAAAAUUGAAAUGCAAGGAGAUGACCUUUACUUGCCAACUGCUCCUAACAAGCUUGUUAGGGGUAUCCGUGUAGAUAGUGGAAUACCUUUACAAUCAGCUGCCAAAGUUCCUAUCAUGAUAACAUUUAACGUUGUUGAUCGUGAUGGUGACCACAAUAAUGUAAAACCACAAGCUUGCAUUUUCAAGGUUGGAGAUGAUUGCCGGCAAGAUGUUCUUGCCCUUCAAGUGAUAUCUCUUCUGAGAGACAUAUUUCAAGCGGCUGGUAUUAAUCUUUAUCUUUUUCCAUAUGGAGUACUCCCAACUGGUGCCGAGAGGGGCAUAAUUGAGGUUGUGCCUAAUACAAGAAGCAGAAGUCAAAUGGGUGAAACUACCGACGGGGGUUUGUAUGAGAUUUUUCAACAAGACUAUGGACCUGUCGGCUCAACCACCUUUGAAACAGCACGAGAGAACUUCCUCAUCAGCAGUGCUGGUUAUGCUGUCGCUAGUCUUUUACUCCAGCCCAAAGACAGACACAACGGAAAUCUCCUCUUCGAUGACGUGGGAAGACUUGUCCACAUCGACUUUGGUUUCAUCUUGGAAACUUCACCAGGUGGAAACAUGCGGUUCGAGAGUGCUCAUUUCAAACUGAGCCACGAAAUGACUCAGUUGCUAGAUCCAUCAGGUGUUAUGAAGAGCAAAACAUGGCAUCAGUUUGUGAGCUUGUGCGUAAAGGGAUACUUAGCUGCUCGGCGGCAGAUGGACGGAAUCAUCAGCACGGUGCAAAUGAUGCUAGAAAGUGGAUUGCCUUGCUUUAGCAGAGGAGAUCCAAUCGGCAAUCUUAGGAAAAGAUUUCACCCAGAAAUGAGCGAACGUGAAGCUGCACACUUCAUGAUUCAUGUAUGUACUGAUGCAUAUAACAAAUGGACUACAGCUGGAUACGACUUGAUUCAGUAUCUGCAACAAGGCAUCGAGAAGUAAGAAGAAGAGGGGAUUCAAUGAUAUCCCAAAUCAGAGUUAUAUUUUAUUUGCAGGUAAAAAAAACUUCAAAUCAUGGGAAUAGUCUGCAAACUUGGACAUUCUGACUAAUUUACUUAAAAGGGAGGAACAUGAGGAUUUAUUCUUAUUCUUUUGUCGUAGGGGUUGCUAUGCACGAAAAAAAGUAACAAAAGAAAAAGAUAAGAGUCUUGUGGUGUGGUGAUUUUCGAUAACUUGAGGGUGCCGGCUAUUAGUAUGAUAUAUGAUCUUUGAUAUUUUUCUUUUUAGCUUAGCAACAUUAUCACGCCAAUGGUUGAAACUUGAGAUGGUCACACGUGUUCCUUUUAAUAUUAAUGAUUAUUUGAUUCAAUGAUGAUGUUUAAACUCU